UGACCAUCGUUUGUUUUGAUUUUUCUGUUCUUCCCGUUUGUAAUUUCUCACAAAACCCAGCAUUUAUUUCGCCCAAAAGAGGAAAACAGAUAAGAAGAAGAAAGGACUUCAACGUACACUUCUCUUGAAGCUCCACACAAUUGGCAUCACGAAAGAUAUUACCUAUAUAUAAUAUAUAGGCAAGCAUGGAGUGUCUCAUUGGAUGUGGUACUUGGAUUGCUGGAAAAAUAGCAGAGUGUACAGUUGCACAGAUUGGCAGUCAUCUGGGUUAUAUCUACCACUACAGACGCAAUGUACGCGCCUUGGAAACUGAAAACAAUGAAGUGAACGAUAAGAAGAAGAUACUGGAGGAUUUGGCUGAUGAAGCUAAAAGACGCGGAGAAAAUAUACAAGAUGAUAUUGAAGACUGCCUAACCAAAGUGGUUGAGAUCACCCAAGAUGCACAAAAUCUUAUAGACGACACAAACAUCAAGUGUGGUUUGAGGGGGUGUUUUUCUUAUUUGGUGGCACGCUAUCGAUUCAGCAAGAGAGCAAAAGAGAUUAGGGAGUCUGUUGUUGAAAUCAAGGGCAAGAUCAGGUUUGAUAACAUUUCUUUCCGUCCUAAACUCAAAAAUAUUUUUGAAAAUAAAGAUUACCUAAACUCUGCCACAAGAGAGAAAUUUGUGGAUGGAAUUAGAAAGGCGCUGGAAGACAGUAAUAUCAGAAUGAUUGGCAUUCAUGGCAUGCCUGGUGCGGGUAAAACCACGCUGGCCAAAGAAAUUGCCAGAAAGGCCUUAUCAAAUGAUUGGAAUUUAUUCGAUGAUGCUGUUAUUGUUACAGUAUCAGAAACUCCAAUUUUUGAAACAAUCCAACAACAAAUUGCAGAUAGGCUGGGUCUAAAAUUCGAUGGGGAGAUGAUAUCUGAAAGAGCUCUUCGUCUCCGAAAUCGAAUGAAGAAUGAAAAAGGGUUCCUCAUAAUUUUAGAUGACAUUUGGAAUGAUAAGCUGAAGCUUGAGGAUGUUGGAAUAGUUUUUGAAAGUGAUCAGAAGGGGUGUAAGAUAUUAAUGACCUCUAGAUUUGAGACAGUAUUGGGUAAUGAUAUGGGUGUUGAUAAGAAUUUCAAAGUUGAUAUUCUUUCAGAAGAUGAAGCAAGAAAUUGGUUCGGGAGCAUAGUGGGCGAUCAGAUUGUUACAUCUCCUGCAUUCCAAAAAUAUGGAAAUAAGAUUGUUCAAAAAUGUGGGCGCCUACCGCUUUGCAUUGUAACGGCUGCACAUUCAUUGAAAAAUUGUGAUAAGUUGCCUUUGUGGAAAAUUGCCUGGAGACGACUAAAGAGGUCUAAACAUGAUGAAGUUGUGCACACUGCUAUCAAACUAUGUUACGAUAAGUUACGGAGUGAUGAAGCAAAGCAGUUACUUAUGCUCUGUUCUCUGCAUGAAGAGGAUGCAAACAUAAAAAUGGAGAAUUUAAUGAGAUAUUGUAAGGGCCAAAUCAACAUGUUUGAAGAUGCCCAAUCAUUGCAAGAGGCAAGAGAUGUAGUUUACUGUUUGGUUGAGGAACUCAAAGAUUGCUGUUUGUUGUUGGAUGGUGAUGAUUCUGAUGAUGGUGAUGAUUCUGAUACAGUUAAAAUGCAUGACGUAGUUCGUGACGUUGCCAUAUCAAUUGCGAAAGAAAGUCGUGGCAUGCAUUGUUUUGGAGACGGUAGUGAGGUAGAAAAAUUUCUCGAGAAGAGGAGAUUUGAGGACUUGGAAGCACUUUCACUGCCUAAUGGUUAUCUGGAUGAGUUAGUUUUUGAAAGGUCGAAAUAUACACAGCUUCAGCUAAUGAUUUGUAUGUGGAAGGAAUCUUCUUUGAAAAUAAUCCCACGUGAUUUUUUUGAGAGGACAGAAGGGCUUAGGGGGUUAGUCUUCUCCAGGAAUGAAUUGGUUGCUUCACAUUUAUCACCCCUGCAAAAUCUUCGUAGCUUGUGUUUACGUGAUUCUGAUGUGGAAGACAUAGCUGAAAUUGGAAAACUCAAGAAGCUAGAAAUUCUUGACCUUUCUGGAUCUAAUAUCAAGAAAUUGCCAAGUGAGAUAGGACAACUUACUCGUCUGCGCAUGUUAGAUUUGAAUUAUUGUGAAGAUCUUCAAGUGAUUGAACCUAAUGUCAUACCGCAUUUGAAUCGUUUAGAAGAGUUGUAUGUGGAUGAGUUUGGGAACUGGCAUAGAGUUGAUCAAGUAGACAAUAAUGGGAAGAGAAGUAAUGCAGGUCUUGAUGAGCUAAAUCAUUUGGAUCAUCUGACUGCUUUACAUUUAUUUGUAGGUGACGUCAACAUGCUACCCAAAGACUUACUUAGUCAGCAAUUGAAGCAAUAUAAAAUUAAAAUUACAUUUAUGGGUCGGAGCAGACUUGCACGAAUCGAGGGUGUCUCAAGACAGUUGCAAAUCAAGCAUACCGAAAGCAGUCUAUUGCGCGAGCAUGGGCUUGAAAUGUUAAUGAAAAGGUCUGAAGAGUUGUUGUUAGAGGGAUUAAAUGGUGUGAAUGAUAUUUUGAACGAGUUAGAUACAGAGGGCUUUCCAGAAUUAAGGAGUUUGGAAUUGACAAGUAACAAUACGAUUCAGCACUUGGUUAAUUCGAUGGGGCAAAUUCAUCUUUGUAUUGUAUUUGGUAGAUUAGAGGCAUUGUUCCUAGAAGAUUUGAGCAAUCUCCAGCAGAUAUGUCAUGGGGAAGUUACAGUAGAGUUAUUCAAAAUGUUGAGAGCCGUAACGGUGAGCAAAUGUAACAGACUGAAGAAGUUGUUGCCGCUCUUCAAUGCUAGACAGAUUGAGGAAAUUCGAAUAAGUGAUUGCAAUGAGCUGGAGGAGAUAUUUACUCAUGAACUACAAGACCACGUCCAAUCGGGUCUUCAAUUGCGCACCUUGGAGUUGGAAAAUUUAUCAAAGCUUAGAGAAUUUUGCUCCGAAAUAUUAUUGAAGAAGACUGGUUCAUCUCAAAAACAAAAGGAACCAUUUGUUGGACAUUCCAUCACGCCUCCUCUGUUCAAUGGGAAGUUUCUUUGUUUCCCGAAAUUGGAGAAGUUCGUGUUGCGUGGAUGUCAUGUCAAGAAAAUAUGGGAUGAUCAGUUUCUAGCAAGCUCUACUUCGUUCUGUUGCUUAAAAAAAUUGGUGGUAGCCAACUGCAAAUUUUUGAAAUGUGUAGUUUCAUCUUCUAUGGCUGCCAACUUUAAACAGCUCUCAGAUCUUGAGGUAAAAGGUUGUGAGGCCAUGGAAAUAAUAGUGAGCAGGGAUGAGGGGACGGAUAAGAUGUCAUUUCCUCAACUAAGGUUUUUAUGGCUAGAGGAUCUUCCAAGACUGUCCAAAUUCUCCUCCGGAAUUUUCAGUGAGUUUCCAAUGUUAAGUGAUCUUGAUAUCCGGGAAUGCCCUGAAUUGAAGAGUUUUAUUUCUGAGUCAUCCGAAGAGAACUCAAACACCACCGUGCCAUCUCUUUUCAACAAAAAUUUUAUUUGUUUCCCGAAAUUGGAGAACUUGGAGUUGGAUAGAUGUCAUGUCAAGAAGAUAUGGGAUGAUGAGUUUCUAGCAAGCUCUACUUCUUUCUGUUGCUUAAAAAAAUUGGAGGUAUACAAGUGCAAGUUUUUGAAAUGUGUAGUUUCAUCUUCUACGGCUGCCAGCUUUAAACAGCUCGAGUAUCUUAAGGUGACAAAGUGUGAGGCCAUGGAAUUAAUAGUGAGAAGGGAUGAGAGGAUGGAUAAGAUGUCAUUUCCCAAACUAAGUUUUUUGCGGCUACGGAAUCUUCCAAGACUGAAGACUUUUAUUUCCGAUUCAUUCGAAGAGAAGGCAAACAUCACCAAGCCAUCUCUCUUCAACGAAAAUGUUGCAUUACCCAGCUUGAAGACUGUAUGGGUUGAAGGCGUGGAUGGGUUGAAGAUGAUAUGGCAAUACGGACGACUCUCUAAUAAUGCUGAAUCCUUUUGCCAAUUGGAAGAUGUAAAUGUUGAAAAAUGUAAGAAUCUAAUGGGGAUAUUUUCAUCUGGCAUGCAUACAAGACUGGGGAAUCUAAAAUGGUUGAAAAUAAGUGAAUGUGAAAUGGUGGAAGAGAUCUUUGAAAUGGAAACAUCAAAUUGUGGGAUAGAAGAAGUUGCUGGUAAGCAGGAAGGAUUGGAGACAGUAGUAUCCCCUGAUGAUGAGUUUGUAUUCCCUCAGUUACGGGAAAUGGAGCUCCAAAGUUUGCCCAAUCUAGUGAGUUUCUAUGCAGGAAGACAUACGCUAAGCUUUCCUUUGUUAGAAGAGUUAGAAGUGAUCGAAUGCUUGAAGGUGAAGGCUUUUUCUGGUUCAGAACUUUUGAGCUAUCAAGGCAGGCAUGAGUCACUAUUCUCUACAAUAUUCUCCACCAAAGUUACAUUUGGUAGAGAUUGCAACUGCCAAAUAACACUACGUAAACUGCCAAACUUGAUGCAUUUGAUGGAGGAGGAGGAGGAGGAGAGCUCCCAGCAGCAGCCGCAAACAUUGGCCUUUCCAUACAUGAUAGAUUUAGAAGUGAUGGAAUGUGGAAGGUUGGAGAACCUGGUGCCCUCCUCCAUAUCCUUCCAAAAUUUGAACUCUUUGAUGCUGACAGAUUGCGAUGAAAUGCUACAUUUACUGUCUUCCCAAACAGCCAAAAGCAUGACACAACUUAGUCGGUUGGAAAUAAGAAGAUGCAAAAGAAUGGUAGAGAUAAUUUCUGAUGCGGGAGUUGAUCAUUCGAAAGGUGGUGAAAUUGUCUUUACUUCGUUAGAUCAAUUGGUGCUUGAUGAUUUACCCACUCUCGCGAACUUCUAUUCUGGGAACUACACAAUAAGAUUUCCAAAUUUAGAAUUUUUGAGUGUCAAUAGGUGCUUUGAGAUGCAAAAUUUCUCUAAACAUAGUAUUACAAGCACCCAACAACUGGAAAAAAUAUCUAUUAAUGGUACUUCUUAUGGAGGACCAGAAUUGGAAUCCAAGUUGAAAUCAGAAUCAGAAACAGAAUCGUCUUCUAAUUGGAUGGUUGGUAUUAAUAGCAUCAUAGCAAAACACUGCACGAGCCACCAUCGCCGUACUGCAUUACAAGAGCUCUCCACUGAAAAAGAUAUCACUCCAUUAAAUCCGUCUGAAGAAUAGCCAUCUCCUCAAAUGUAUAUCUAUUGCGAGUGGUCUCUGCAAGUAAUUUGGUGUCUUGUAUAUGGAUGAUCAGGUACACAACCGGGGGUUAUAUUUGUAGCAGUAAUGUAAUAGAGAUCUCCUUGUGCUAAAAGAUUUGAGUAAACAAGAGAACAUUAAUGCUUAAUUUUAAGUAAGACUAAUGCUUCAUAUUUUUAUCUUUGAAUUCA